CACAUUAGCAAGACUACCCUUGCAAACGAAUAAGGAAUUUGUCACAUUUAAUAAAUACAGUCAGGUGACUACACGAGCAGAGAGCGCGAGUUCACGCAGACGCAGAACGCGAUGUUUUGGGAUAUUUUCUCCUGCUACAGGUGACUAAAAAGCAGGGACAGGUUUUAGACGUAACUGUGCCCUGGGGCAGAGUUAAUAAGGCCUCCUCGUGUGAAUUUCAGCUGGGUCCCUGUCUUCAGUUACCCGUAUAAGAUCAGACUCUGAAAUCAACCGUGAAAUGGCAGAAGCCAGUAUUUCAGUGGAUCGGGAGCAGUUCAUUUGUUCAGUGUGUCUGGAUCUCCUGCAGGAUCCAGUGACGGUUCCCUGUGGACACAAUUACUGUAAGAAAUGCAUCACAGAUGUCUGGGAUUUCGAUCAGAAGGGAAUCCACAGAUGUCCUUUAUGCAAACCAUCCUUCACACCACGACCUGGUUUAGGUAAGAACUUGGUGAUCGCUGAGAUGGUGGAGAAGCUGAAGAAGACGAGGAGCCAAGCUGCUGCUCCUGCUUCUGUUCACACUGGAUCUGGAGAUGUUCAGUGUGACUCCUGCACUGGGAUUAAACAGAAAGCAGUGAAAUCCUGUCUGGACUGUCGAAGCUCUUACUGUCAGAAUCAUCUUGAUCAGCAUGAGAGUCUCUUCAGAGGUAAAGGACACGAUCUGAUGGACGCCACUGGACGACUGCAGGACAUGAUGUGCUCUCGACAUGGUAAAAUACUGGAGAUUUACUGCCGUACUGACCAGCGAUGUAUCUGUAUGCUGUGUUUAGUGGACGAACACAGAAAUCAUGACACGGUAUCAACUUCAGCAGCGAGGACAGAGAAACAGAAACAUUUGGGGGAGACGCAGAUAAAACUUAACCAGAAAAUCCAGAAGAAAGAGAAAGACAUUCAGGAGCUGAAGGAAGCUGUGGCGUCUCAUAAGCGCUCUGCACAGACAGCAGUGGAGGACAGUGAGAAGAUCUUCACUGAGCUCGUCCGCUCCAUUGAGAAACGUCGCUCGGAGGUGACGAAGAUGAUCAGAGAUCAGGAAAGAGCUGCAGUGAGUCGAGCCGAAAUCAAACUGGAGCGACUGGAGAAGGAGAUCAAUGAGCUGAAGAAGAGAGACGCUGAGCUGAAGCAGCUUUCACACACACAGGAUCAUGUUCAUUUCCUCCAGAGUUUGUCAUCUGCUUCAGUCUCUGGAUCUACAGACGGAUACAGUGUCAGUCCUCAUCUGACAUUCAGUGAUGUAGUGAACUCUGUCUCUCAGUUUAGAGACAAACUGCAGCAGUUCUGCAGAGAGGAGACAGAACACAUGACUGAAACCGUGAAAGCCAUCCAGGUCAUCAUUGCUCCUGAAUAUGAGACCAGAGAGGAGUUUCUACAAUAUUUCCAUCCAUUCGUGUUGGAUUCGAACACAAUAUAUCCAAGUCUCCAUCUGUCCGAGGACAACACAGUGAUCACUUCCUCCAGCUGUAAUUACAGAUAUCCCAAUCAUCCCGACAGAUUUGACUACUGGAUAGAGGCCUUGUGUACAGAGAGUGUCGGUGGACGCUGUUACUGGGAGGUUGAGUACGGCGGUAAUGAGGGCGUCCAUAUAGCAGUGGCAUAUAAGAGCAUCAAGAGGAAGGGGCAGGGGGGUGACAGUCGAUUUGGAUAUAAUGAUCAGUCCUGGAGACUGUACUGCUGUAACUCCAGUUGCUCAUUCAGACACAAUACCAUUCGGACUGUGCUCCCUGUGGUGUCCAGCCGUAAAAUAGGAGUGUAUGUGGAUCACAGCGCAGGAACUCUGUCGUUUUUAAGCAUCGCUGACACAAUAAAUCUCAUCCACAGAGUCCAGACCACAUUCACUCAGCCGCUGUAUCCUGGGAUUGGAUUACAAAAUAACACCACAGUGAAACUGUGUCGUCUAAAUGUGUAAAUGAUAUCGCCAUAUCACAUCGAAGCAUUGUGAAACAGGAAAUGAGAUGUAGCUUAUUUUCAAAUGAUUUAACCACAAAUACACUAUUGUGAUAAGAGUUUUAGCAAAUUAACAGUUUUAGCAAAUGAAUAAAAAUAUAUUUGUUAUGUAUGAGGAGAAACUGCUAAUCAAAACUGUGAGUUGUCUUUUGUUGGAAUCUGUUGAAACUUUGAUUACUUUUUGGGAAAUGAAUGGUGAAGUCUUGUUUUUCCCAUGGCUGAUAUUUCUAUGCGUUCUCUUGUAUUUCUCUGUUGGAUUUCCAUGUUUUUACCCUGAACCGUCUCUCUCAUUUCUGGACUGUUUGCUGCCUGCCCCGACUCUCAGCCUGUUAUUUGACUCUGCCUUUUGCCUCGACUCUGAUUACCCUGUCUGCUGGUGAUUUACCCUGCCUGUACUACUUUGAAACCUUUUAAUAAAGCUGCACAUGAAUCCUCA